AAAAAAACUAAACAGGUGUAUUAAAAUAUAAGGCAUAUUACAAUAUAUAUUUCAAAUUCAUCUAGUAAUUUUCACAGUAAUAAAAAUACAAUACUACUAAAUGUGCUUUAGCGGUAAUUAGACCUUUUUGCAAAAACAAUAUUUAUAAAUGACGUUUAACAUAGGAAAAGAUAUAAUCUUAUAGUUCAACUAAUAAUUAUGCAAAUAUUUUAGUAUAACAUCAAAUUCUUUUGAUUGGAAAAAAUAAAACUAUUAAAAAGUUAUCGACAUAGUGGUUUAUCUUUAAUUCACGGAGAUUUUUACGAUUUUUCUAGGUUUGACCUACACAUCUCUUUGUGAAGUAGUAUUUCAGCUAAAGACUCUAGGAUCUCAAGUUUUUGUACUACAUAUGAGUUAAGAGUAUCGUUUUUUCUUCUUAAAUACGUAAUGUCAUAUUUACUCGUUCUUUAUGAAAGGAAUUUCUGUACCAGUCCUAGUCACGAUUCCAAAAGAUCAAUUAGAUUGGUUUAUGGCAAUAUAUAACUUUUUCCUCGUUUUGAAUUUCAAGCUCUAUCAUGCAUUUUACAACAACAAAAAAUACAGUUACGCAUGUCUGAACUAUAUUAAUCUAACGAUUAAUCAUUGUAUGCAAAAUGAUUAGUGUUUACAGCAUUAACCCAGUAACCCAUAACAUUAAUUUAGUGUUAAAACCACACUAUUUAAGUGUAGUUUCAACACUAAUAACUUUUUUUCAACUACAACACCAAACUUCAUACUAAAACUAUUCCAAUACUAUUAUAAUAUUAAAUUGUAACUUUUGAAUUAUUUAAUAAUUAAAAUAGAAAUAAUCAUUAUGUAAUUAUAUCACAAUAAAAUUUGAGUAUGGUGAAUAGUGUUACAUAAAAUUUGAGUGUUGUAUUUCGCAAUUUUUUGGUUGGACUGAAGAUGGUUUGUAUUGGAUUGAGGAUGGUUCAUGCCAAUCCUUAGGGACCAUUAGCUCGGUUAGGAUUGUAAUAGUGGUUUGUCUUGUGUUUUUGAGUUAGUAGAAGUUAUUGUAUCAUUGAGGUCGAAUUUAGGAGGUUUUAAAAGUUGGAAUACUUCGAGUUGUGGAGUAUUUUCGGCUCUUUGUUGACUAGGAACCGUGUGUUUGAUUACCGAUAGUCUUGGUUCAAAUCCAAAAGCACCUCGGUGUUACUGUUAAUCCAUGUUCUUCAAGGUAAUAUGUGGUGAUUAACAGUUUGUACUUGAUUGAAUCUCGGAGUCGAAUCAGAGUCUAUUUGUGUAAUUUGUGGUCUCAGUUAUGUGGUCGAAUUUAGGGUUUAAGAAACGUCUCAGCUCGGAUUGCGUAGGAUUUAACUUAGUGUUCUUAGAUAGUAUCAGAUCGUGUCGUUAAUAUGUUGGGUUAAAGUUUAUUGUGGUUGUAAUCCCAUUCACCUUGUUAACAAGUUGUUGUUUGAGCACAAAAAAUCACAGUAAAAUAGAAUUUUGGAGUUGAGUUAUAUAAAUGACAUUAAACCCACAAAAGGAGGAUAAAGACGGGAACAACGUACACGGAAAAAACGCGAACAGUAACAAGGAUAGUCAAUAAUACACGUAUCAAUUGGUCAUGAGGACCGCACAAGAGGAUUGUCACAACAUUAACAUAUAUAAAUAAAAAGAAAUUUCAUUUUUAUUUUAUCUAUAUACAUUACCAUACUGAUAGAAGUUUAUUUCUGUUAAUAGCUAAAAUUCAACAACUGAGAUUACAUACAUUCAGAGUAUCUAAUAUAUUUCAUAAAUAAUAAAUUUAAAAUAGAUCUGUUUCCUUUAUUGUUAAAUUAUUAUGAAUUUCCAAAUUUGUUUCCUUCAUUCGUACCAAUAUAAAAAGAUACACAACAAUAAAAAGGUUAACCAAGCUCUGAGAUCAACUUACAAAAUGUAUUCAAUCCCAAAUGGUUUAAACUCUUAUGGUGACAAUACUAUGAAUCUUCACGAUUCUGUUCCCACCCAAAUGAACUCCAGCUUUGGGGAUCCCGAGACUAAAAUGUUUCGGUCAAUGUUCACUACUUCUGUCAUCACAAACCAUCAUGGUUUGUUCUCUUCCUCUCAUGCUUCUAACUGUUAUCGAGAUUCAUCUUCUUUUGGUUUCAAUAAUUCACAUGCGGCUUAUCAGAUGAGAACCAACAUGGUCUCUGAUGUCGUUGAUUACUUUCCUAUUAACCAUAACCCACAAGUUUCUCAAGUCUCCAUCACCCAAACUAUCACAAGAAGGUACUCUGUUAUAGUUCCUACCCGUAGUUUGAUCACUGCCCAAAAUGAAUACGAACGUGCUAUGAAUCCCAACAUUUCAUAUCCUUCCUUUUACCCUCAAACUUUUGUUGACAAUCAGAGAACCCACCCUCAAACUUUUGUUGACAAUGAGAGAAACAUUUUAAAUCCUACACCUCUCAAUACCAUUUAUCCUAGGAAUGUAGACCAGUUUUCUUUUUCACCAAAUCACCACCAUGAUCAACAUGUUCCUCAUCGUCGACCAGUGAUUAAACGUCGAAAAUUUGAAGAAAUUUUUGACGGUUUUGAUUUUGAGGAUAAUGGUGUAUACGAUGGUCGGACACAUAGCCUACCGUAUGAAAAGUACGGUCCAUAUACAUGUCCCAAAUGCAAAGACGUGUUUGAUACUUCACAAAAGUUUGCAGCGCAUAUAUCUUCUGUUCACUACAAGAAUGAGACGGUCGAAGAAAAAGCAAAGAGAUACAGCGCGAGGAACAAAAGAAGAUUUCGUAAGAUAGACCAAACGAUGCAUGACGAAUCUCAAAUGAUCCAACCCGAAGAAAGAGUUGUAGAAGAAAGCGGAAGCAAUAAUAACAUUGCAAGUGGCAUUGAGGCUUCCCAACAACAGCUGGUUGUUAAGGAAGAACCUACUUAUGAUGUUGUUGAUUGAUAUGUUUUCUGUUUGGAGUUUUAUCAUAAUAUAUAUGUAUCUUUUGUUGUUGUUGUUGGAAUUUCAUCAUCCUUGUUGAUGAGUGAUUUAAUCACUGGGAUUAAAUCUCCGCAUUAGUGAAAAAAAUAAUUGAAUUAUUAUAAAUGUUUUGCGUUA